AAUGGCCAGACAACAACCAGAAUUAUUAAAUGAUCCGGUGGUGAAAAGAAUAACGGAGGAACACAAAACAACUCCUCAAAAAGUGCUGUUAUCUUUUGCUAUUUCACAAGGAAUCGGAGUUGUACCAAAAUCAUCAAACCCAGAAUGGAUUUGCUCUAAUUUUGACUCGUUGGAUUUAAAAUUAACAGUUAAAGAUUUAGAUGAAUUAAAUAAUAUUCAAAUUAAUAAAAACUAUAUUCGCCCAACACCCUGGCUGGUUCUUUAA